CAGCGUGGGACCAGCCCUGUGCCACUGUGGUCCCUCGGGCUCUGGACACAGGGAGCAGGGAGGCGGAGUCUGAAGCCCUGGGGUGGCUGCCGGUGUAAAGCAGCACUGCAGAGACCUGAGGAGAGAGGCUGGGUGAGCCGAACACCGGCAGGCACCAAGGUCUCAAAGAAAAGAACUGAAAAAGAAGGAGCCGGCAGGGGGCGGGUUAACCGGCAGACCCGAUUGGACUAACCUGGUGCGCCUUUCUCCUGCAAGGCCCCGCGGGAGUGUGACAGCUUGGGGAGAGCAUGGCCGCUGGCCGGAGUGCUGUCUGCCUGGCGCUCGUGAUGGUCUGUGUGAGUAGCACAGUGCUCCCCAGAGACCAGCGGACUUGGUUUGAAGGCGUCUUCUUGUCUUCCAUGUGCCCUGUCAACGUCAGUGCCAGCACCUUCUAUGGAAUUAUGUUUGAUGCAGGGAGCACCGGCACUCGCAUUCAUGUGUAUACUUUUGUGCAGAAAACCCAGGGACAGCUUCCAGUUCUGGAAGGGGAAAUUUUUGAAUCUUUGAAGCCAGGACUUUCUGCUUUUGUAGAUCAACCGAAGCGGGGCGCCGAGACUGUGCAGGAGCUGUUAGAGGUGGCCAAGGACUCAAUCCCCCGAAGCCACUGGGAAAGGACACCUGUGGUGCUCAAGGCGACGGCAGGGCUGCGCUUAUUGCCAGAGCGGAAAGCCCAGGCUCUGCUCUUGGAGGUAGAGGAAGUCUUCAAGAAGUCACCCUUCCUGGUUCCUGACGACAGCGUCAGCAUUAUGGAUGGCUCCAACGAAGGCAUAUUAGCUUGGAUUACUGUGAACUUUCUAACAGGUCAGCUGCAGAGCCGUGGGCAGAGGACCAUGGGGACCCUGGACCUGGGAGGGGCCUCCACCCAGAUCACAUUCCUGCCGCAGCUUGAGAAAACCCUGGAACAAACCCCUGGGGGCUACCUCACUUCCUUUGAGAUGUUUAACAGCACUUACAAGCUGUAUACACAUAGUUACCUAGGACUUGGACUGAAAGCUGCAAGACUUGCGACCCUGGGAGCCCUGGAGACAGAAGGGGUGGAGGGACACACUUUCCGAAGUGCCUGCCUGCCAAGAUGGCUGGAAGCAGAGUGGAUCUUCGGGGGUGUGAAAUACCAGUAUGGUGGCAACCGCGAGGGGGCGGCGGGCUUUGAGCCCUGCUAUGCUGAAGUGCUGCGGGUGGUGCAAGGAAAGCUUCACCAGCCGGAGGAGGUCCGCGCAGGCUCCUUCUACGCCUUCUCCUACUAUUAUGACCGAGCUGUUGAGACAGACCUGAUUGAUUAUGAAAAGGGAGGUGUUUUAAAAGUUGAAGACUUUGAAAGAAAAGCCAGGGAAGUGUGUGACAACAUGGAGAAGUUCACUUCAGGCAGUCCUUUCCUGUGCAUGGAUCUCAGCUACAUCACAGCCCUGUUAAAAGAUGGCUUCGGCUUUGCAGACAGCACCAUCUUACAGCUCACAAAGAAAGUGAACAAUAUAGAGACCGGCUGGGCCUUGGGGGCCACCUUCCACCUGCUGCAGUCUCUGGGUGUCUCCCACUGAGCCACGUCCUGCUCCACUUCCAGCAACUGGCUUUCCAGGGAAGGGCUUCUGCAUACGGGUCUCACCCUUGAACCUAGAGAUUUGGGUUUAAUUUUAUACAUGGAAUGCAAACCAUUAUCUGACCCUUGGGAUUCGCCCUGGCCCUCGAGCCUUGGUGAGCCACAGAUAGCUCUGCAACUCAGCCUUGGCGCGACAGCUCAGGGACACGUCCCUGGGAACCAGUGAAGAGUCCUACUUCAACACCUGGGAGUGCCUCAUUCUUUGGAAACUAUAACUGUCCUCUUGUAUGCUAAAUUAAGCCAAUUUAUGUCAGUCUUUUUUCCUCCCCAGAGACUGUCUGUCCUCACCACUGUGUACUUCUCCCUGAGAGAAGAAAAUGCCUGGUUUUGCUUUCUAUGUGUAAUUAAAAAAAAAAAAAAGAAGAAGAAGAAGAAAGAAAGAAAGGAAGGUGCUGUGUCAGAUGAAAGGCCUGGGAAGAGAGGCUGU